AUGGGAGUAAGGUCGAUUAGUUGCGAGGCAGCAGAGCCGUUCGAUGGCGCUACCCUCGCGCUGCUCUUAUCCUCCUCCGCGAAUUGCACUCCCGCUAGCACCGGAUCUGCCGCCCCUUCGUCAGGGAGCCCCGCGUCCGCGAUUCCCGGCGCAGAUUCUGGUAACACCACGGAUAUUUCUGCCACGUCAUCGUCGAAUGUCACGGCGACCACAUAUUCGUCUUCUUACCCCGUCCCUGCGAACGCAACUGCCACGUCGGAUUCCGGAUCGUCGGACAGCGUCACUUUAUUCGCGUUAGCAGUAGCCGCGGUAUUAGCGUCUGUGUGCGUGCUGGCGUUCGUCGGCGCCGCGUUUUACUUCGCUCCUGAGUCCGCUAUCCGAACCGCGUCUGCCGCAGCCGCCGCCGCGAGUGCCGCCGCUUCUCUCGCCGCGGAAAUCGCCGCGUCAACCGUGAGGCACGAGCGCGGGCGCGGAGAUUCCCGUUCCGAUUCCUCCCCCUCCGCCCCCCUGCGCUCCUCCCGCACCCCGUCAUCCUCGUCUUCAGCCUCCUCGUUAUCGUCGUUAGCCGCUUCCUCCUCCUCGUCUUCCUCUGGUUCCCCGUCCUCCAGCUCCCGUUCCCCUGGCGGAAAUAUUGGCGCGUCGGAAAACAGGGGUAGCGGGCGGCGAGGGGAAGAGGGGAGGGUACGGGGCAGCGGAGGUUCGAGAGAAGCGGAACGAGGAGAAAAUAGAGGGGAGGGCGGGAGAGAGAGGCGGAGACAAGGGCAUAGGCAGGGGCAAGUAGGGAGGCGAGUGGGGAGUCAUGGCGAGGUUGGGGAAGGCGGGAAAGGGGAAAGAAGAGAGACACGAGAGGUGGUGGGAAGAGGGGGAAGGGAGGAGGGAAGGUGUUGCGGGUGUGGGAAGAAGGAGCGGGCAGGUGGCCGGAAAGAAACAACAGGGACAAGAGGUGCUGAUGGUGCUCUAUCGGAUGUGCUUGUACCGAUUGUGACUCAAGGGAGGAACGGGCAUUGGGAAAACGAGGAGAGCCAGCCUGAAGCGGUCAGGGCUGGAGAGGGAGAGGCGAGAAGUGCAGCUGGAAGGAACGUCCAGGUGGACUUCUCCACUCGCAGCGUGCAUGAAGCCGUGCCUGAAGCUCGAGGCGCAUCAGACAAUCCCGAGGGUGCUACCGGUGCCGUAUGGGUGGGACAAAUACACCGUGCUGGCCGCCUGGCUGCUGCGCGAGAGGGAGGCAGAACACCCAACCAUUCAUCCCUAGCACGCCUCCUUCCUUCCUCCCGUUACUGUGUGCAGAACGAGUCCGAGCGCCAUCUCCUCCCCUAUGACAUGACAGUACCGGUGCCGUAUGGGUGGGACACAUACACCGUGCUGGCAGCCUGGCUGCUGCGCGAGAGGGCCAAGGGCGCUGCUUCCCCCUGGGCGCUCUUCCUGCGCUCGCUGCCCGCCUACGUGCCCCUGCCUGCUCUCUUCCCCCAACAGCUGAUCGACCAGUUUGAGUACUGGCCGAUCGUUGACCAGCCCACGCGACUCAAGGCAGCAUAUGCCGACCUGUAUGGCUGCUACAGCAGCAACCCCACUGCCGUCGCCAAUGCCUCUUCCCUCCCUCCUUUUUCCCACCCCAACCCCUCUUCCCGUCUUCCCUUUGAAACCCCCCCACCACAGGCCACGCGACUCAAGGCAGCAUAUGCCGACCUGUACGGCCGCUGCAACAGCAACCCCACCACCAUCGUCCAUGCCUACUCCCUCCUUUUUUUUCUCUGCUCUCCAUCUUUCCCCCGCACCCCACCACAGGCCACGCGGCUCAAGGCAGCAUAUGCCGAUCUGUACGACCGCUGCAGCAGCAACCCCGCUGCCAUCGCCAAUGCCACUCGCUCCGAGUUCUACUGGGCGCUCACUAUAGUCACAUCGCGCUGCUUCACCUUCUCGCCUUUCCUGCGCGCCCGUGCGGGUGGGGAGGAGCAGCAGGCGGAGGGGGCGGAGGGGGCGGAGGUGGGCGGGGAUGGGGGGGCAGAUGGGGCAGAAGUAGCAGCAGAAGCAGCAGGAGCAGCAGGAGCAGCAGGAGGGGAGUCAGAGGAGGGGAGUUCUGGCAGCAGCAGCAAUGGCAGCAGUGGUGGCGAGAGAGGGGAGGAUUGGGGACCACCUCCUCUUCACGACCUACCAGGCCAUCGGGAAAGGCGAGCUGCUGAGCAUAUCGUCUCACGUCCCAACCCUCUCCCAGCCUCUUCCUCUUCCCCUCCUCUCCCUUCUCUCCUCCAGCUCUCAGGGGACCAUUUCGUCUUCACGACCUACAAGGCCAUCGAGAAAGGAGAGCCGCUGAGCACUAGGCAUGAUCCCAGCCCAUCAUCCCCCCUGCACUCCUCCCCCUUGCCAUGCCCUCCAGCUGUAAUGUGUGACAUGGCAUCUAGUCACAUCAAGCCCACCAUCGACAUGGUGGCGGAGUACGGCUUCGUGCCAUCGUACAACCCUUAUGACACCGUCAUCCUCUUCCCCAGUCACAGCAAGCCCACCAUUGACAUGCUGGCGGAGUAUGGCUUUGUGCCCGCAUACAACCCUUAUGGCUCCGUCGAGCUCUUCCCCAGGUGA